AAACAUUGCAAAAGAAUUCCAGAUUUUUAUCACCAAGAGAAACACAUAUUUAAAGUUAUUUAAGAAGAAAGCUUGGUGAAAAAAUACUUUACAGAGUGAAUGACUUAGAUUUUUUUACCAUUUAGAAGUCUACGUCCAAAACACUUUCCGGAAAUGGCUUAUUCAUUUGACUUGCAUCAGUCUUGUGUUCUGGGCAUCGGACGAUAGGUUGACUAAACCCAAGAUGAUACUUUACCGAUGUAGAAAGUGCAGAUGUUGUUUGUUUACGGAAGAAUGUGUUAUUACAGAACAUGGAAAGAAAGAUGAGGUUUGCCCUGCAGCUUGUGUGACAACUCAGUGGUUUGUGUCCUCAGAGUCAGAAAACACACCACAGUGGAUUUAUCAAACAAUAAACCAGGGGUUUUGGAGCAAAGGCAAGUUGUACUGUCCAAAAUGUAAGGGAAGGAUUGGAUCGUUUGACUUCACUUCAGGAAACAAAUGUUAUUGUGAGCAGUUCUUACUCCCUCCUAUUCAUGUUCUGUGUUGUAGAGUGGACCAAAUUUCACAGGUUGGACAACAAGCCAUAACUGUACCACAUGAGAGAAAGCUUUCUACAGUUAAGGACAACACAGAGCUGGAUCAGUCGCCUUCUACCACUGGACCUGAAGCCCCAGAUUUCACAAAGUUACAUACCACUGAAAGAAAAAACAAAAGGCUACGGAAGAGAAGAAUGGUGGUACAUGAAGAACAUGAUGAUGCCAGGGAACAGGCAUAUGUUGUCUGUAGAAAUCAGUUUGAAGUAUUAGAACAUGAAGUAAUAAUAGAAGAAAAUAACCAUGAAGUUGAAGAAGAAAAUAAACAAGAGCAAGAAGUGGAAGCAGAGAACACUGUUGAAAAGUCAUUUUGGGAGCUGCCUGAUGAAUAUCCAGUAUCUGUGGAUGACUGUUGUCCAAUUUGUCUGGAGCUUUAUUGUCUCCCUACAGAAUGUCAUCCUUGUCAUCACAUAUUCUGUAAUUCCUGUCUGCGCAGAUUGGCUCGGGAAAGGCCCUGGAGCACGCUCUGUCCAUUGUGUAGGAAGAUCAUAACGAAAUGUAUCAGAGACAAAGAGCUAGAGUUGAAGCUCGCAGACCUUUAUCCAGAAGAAUACAGGAAAAGAUUUCGUAAGGAACAUAAACUGUGUUCAGACCGCUAUCAUCCCCUCCCUUCCUACAGACACCACACUGUCGGGAGACGUCGGAACAAUGUACUAGAGUUCAACAAGACGUGUGUGGUUUUGUUUGCUGUUUUGCUUGCGAUUAUCUUCUGUAUUACGCCUUUGAUAUCCCUGGGGUUUGUCACGGUUAAAUUAUUGGCGUUUUUUCUAGAUUCCUUGUUUAGUUUUUUGGACUCUGCUCUCACUGUUAUAACUGUGCAUGAUAUUUUACAGCUGUUUUGAAAAUAAAUUUGAUAUUGAACUGUUUUGAUAUAUGCAUGUAUAUAAAUUGUACCAAGUGAGUAAAUUGUUAACUUUUAAUCCUUGGUAAGGUUUCUGUUAUUUGUGAUAAAAUUUGUUAAUUCUAAUUUUGUUAUUU